AUGGCUUUGCGACUUUUUGAAAAUUAUCCGGAAGAACUGAGACUUCUUUUUCUGCCUGUACAGUCGGAUGAUAUGGAAUUUAGAAACCGUCACAAAAAUUUCCACGAGAACAUCCGAAAUUUCAAUUCUGCAUUGGCUCCGGCUUCCGUGGGGGCUCGACUCGCGCCGCCCGGGGGACAGGGACCUUUCUGUUACAAAAUCCAUGAUCAGAUUUAUCAUCGGAUAGGAGCUUUACAUCCAGAACCUGACAACGCGAGACGCUACGGUCAAGUAUACAUCCUGGAUACAGAGCAGGCUACCGACUUGCGUCUUCAACAGAACAGCCAGUGUGAUUCGAAUACCAUGAGGACUUUGAGUUCUCUGUUGAUGGCUGUCAAUCCUUGCGCGAGAGCGUUAAAAAUGAUGAGCGAAAUCGAAGCAGCAGAAAAUCAACUCGCGCUCCGAGAGCAACGACCUCAUCCGAAACUAACUAUGCGCUUCGAGAAGGCAACCUCCCGUGGUCUAGAAAGCCGCCCGUACGAUUUGCCGACUGCAAACGAAGUCGCGGUCGUUUAUGUUACUGAACACGACGACGUUCUUUCGCAGAGAAGCUUGGCUGUGCAUCAGAGAAGCGGUACGCUGACCCACAUAUCUAUCCUCGAUGAACGAUGCGAUACGCUCGCUUACCCAUUAUUUUUCCCCACUGGCCAAUCGGCUUGGCAUCCGAAUUCGAUGAAUUCGGAACACAAGAAGACCACGCAGAAAGAUUUCUAUUCCUGUUUGUUGUCCGUACGGAAUGACGAGUUUAAUCCAUUGCUACAUGGAAGAAAACUCCUGCAACGAUUUGUCGUUGACGCGUAUGUCAAGAUCGAGCAGAACCGACUCAACUACCAUAGAACCCAUCAGAGAGAGCUCCGCCUCGACACUUAUAGUGGAUUGAGUGAUCAUUUCCACGAUGACGUGCCGGGACCCCCAGGGAGACGAAUCGUUCUCCCAACUUCGUUCAUCGGGAGCCCCCGGAAUAUGCAACAGAGCUACCAAGACGCGAUGGCCAUCGUGGCAAAGCAUGGAAAACCGGACAUCUUCAUGACGACCACCUGCAAUCCGAACUGGGCGGAAAUCAAGGAGAAUCUGUAUUCAGGCCAAUCGGCAUGCGAUCGUCCGGAUUUAGUGAGCCGUGUAUUCCAGCUUAAACUAGCCGAGUUAUACAAGGAUCUCUUCAAGGAACAUAUUUUCGGCAGGGUAGUAGCUUUCGCCAGCGUCAUUGAAUUUCAGAAGCGUGGUCUUCCACACUGUCACAUGCUCUUGAUCCUAGCUUCAGAGUUCAAACCACGCACGGCAGGCGAAGUUGACACUUUCUGUUGCGCUGAGGUUCCCGAUCCCCAAUCUGAGGCUCCUUUGCACCAGGCUGUGAAAUCUUUCAUGGUUCACCGCCGUUGUGGAUUCGGCUCUCAGGCUCCCUGCAUGAAAGAUGGCAAGUGCACGAAAAAGUUUCCGAAGUCGCUCCGAGACACUACAUGCAUCGCUGCUGACCGUUAUCCAGAACUCCGACGGCUUAAUCGAUACACAAUUUCCUUGGGAGAAGAUCGAUACGGCGAUGAGUCGAUCGUUCCGUAUAAUCCUUAUCUACUGCUAAAGUACAGUGCUCACAAUAAUGAAGAGAUUUGUGGCUGGAUAUCCGCAGUGAAAUAUUUGUAUAAGUACGUUCAUAAGGGUCCCGAUAGAGCGAAUUCAGUAAUUUCGAACGAUUCCGAUGUCGAUGAAAUCAAAACUCAUCUGAAUGCUCGCUACGUUUGCGCCCCGGAAGCUAUGCACCGGAUUUUCGGCUAUGAGCAACAGCGGAAAUCUCACGCCAUUCACCGCCUUGCCGUCCACCUGCCGGACGAACAGACGGUUUCUUUCACCGCGGGCCAUGAACGUGAAGCUUUGCGGAGAGCACGAACAACACUCACGACUUUGACGGCCUUCUUCAAGCAGAACGCCGAUUCCGAAGCGAUGUCAUCCCCUACAGAAUCAACGCUGGAUUCACGUCGACUCUUACACGGCGAUUUCCCUGAGCACUUCGUAUUCGACGCGAAUUUAGGUUAG